CCCCAACUCCUUAAAUUGAAUCUCCUCGGUUUGGAUCCAUUGCAGACCUCUACCGGACUCCCUCUAUCAAUCAUGGUGCUCGGACGAAUCACCCACAUCGCUUUCGAUGCCGUAUUAGUCUCGGCCUUUCUUGCCGGAGUCAAGCGCUCGACCGGCCUUUCCCCUAGUUUCCGAUCCGAACACGUCUCGCAAAACACCGAAGUCCGAAAAUGGCUCGAUACCUAUCUCUGGGUCGGCGAGGUCGUCAUGGACCAGAGCGUCGCAUUCAUGAGCACGAGCAGUUAUUUCGAGCGGAAACGAUAGUCUGCGAUGCAACGUCAUCACUGGGCUUCGAUCCUGGUUUACCAUGACGAGCGUAUUGACCUUGGAUCGUGCGCACAUGUUCCUGUGUCGUUGUCUAUACCUCCUGGCGUUAGGAAUUGGUGGGUCGGACUAUGUCUGAGGAUUGGGAUGCGUUGCAGCUAUUGUCAAUGACAUCGGGCGUCUGGAUCAUGUCUCCCAACCUGGUUUGUGGUGGAUUUAUACUCUCUUCUCUGUGGAGAACAUGGAGAACGACUGUUAUUUGAGAAUACAAUUGCAGGAGACCGCCAGACUCAGGCAAUCCACUGAAUGCAAAUCAAAAGAGGUGUUUCAUCAGUUAAGGAUUUCUGCAGCACAUUACCAUAUCCAGAUUUGAUUUGGUUUGGAGUCACGAGUCUCUCCUAAAGUGUAUCAUUCA